AUGUCCACCGAGGAUCUGUCUUCCCAGUCGGAAAUUCAGGUCGAUGAAGCCAUAGUCCAACUCGACUCUGAGGCGAUUCCAGCACCUGUCGCAGACACUCCUCCUCCUAAUACCGGGGAGAACACUUCAGAAACAAUAAAUGAUACAACCAAAUUUUCUCAAUCCGGAAAUGCGCCGUCAAACACAAAUCUCCCUUCCUCAUCCACUGUGGAACCCAAUACCCAACUUGAUAAUGUAGAAGAGGAGGCAGACCAUCAAGCAGAUCUUGAAUUAGCUCCUCUCCCUACUGAAUUUGAUCCUGACGCUCCUCCUCCAACUACCGAUAUCAUAUCCGACAAAAACGCAUCAAACCCGUUUGGGGUGGAAGACGAUUUAGCUUCUAUAAGUGAUGGCGACGGUAAUGGAAAUGGAGAUGUUGAAGGUGAAGGUGAAGGCGAUCAAGAAGACGAGAAUCAUCCGGUAGAAGACGAAGAAGAUGAAAGUAAAAUGAUGGAAUAUAUCGCUUCUCUUCAACAGUUCGGUGGAGCAGAAGUAGAAGUCUACGAAGAAGAACAACAAGAACCACAAACAAUAGAACAACGACUGGGAGAAGAAGAAGAAGAAGAGGAAGAGGAAGAGGAAGAGGAAGAGGAAGAGGAAGAGGAAGUAGAGCAAAUUGAAAUUAGAGACAAAUAUACAAAUAAGGAUAAAGAUAAAGAAUCAAAUCAACCAAAAGAUAUUGAAAUUUCAUCUCAAAAUUCAAUUCCACCUCACACGGAUGAACAAGAUCAAGAGAAGGAUCGAGUUCAACAAGAAGCGAAAAAGAAAGAGACGGAAAAGCAAAAGGAAGAUGUAGAGGAGACCACACAGGGGACAAAGGAUAUCGACAUGCCUUCAAGAGCAUCAUCGCCCUUGACGCCAGUUUCUGACAUACCCGAAUUACCUGAUACAUUAUCAUUCUCACCUACCGCUCCAACAGAACCAUUACCUGAACCUUCUAUCGAACCCAAAUCGAACAAAAGAAUCGAUAUUCCGGAACCGACUGAAGAUAUACCCCACGCGGAAUCAUCUUCAGCUGCGAUGCGUCGUUCAUCAUCUCCUUCUUCUUCUUCACCCAAAACAAUCACCAAAGAGACUAGUAAGAUGCCAAUUCUGAACGUGAAAGUCGGGACCAAACGUACACGCCCGAACGAAUCGUCAAAGAUCAAAGGAAAAUACAAGGAGUACGAAGAAGAUGAUUUAGAUGAUCUGGAUAGUCCUUCUGAUAGAGAUGAGUUGAGACAAAUUGAUAGUGACGAAGUCGGAGCAGAGAGAAACAAAAGCAAAAGACCAAAGAAGAAAUCAAAGAAUGUCAAUGGUAAAUCUACAAAAGUUGCAGCAUCGAAGAAUCGCUCAGAGGAUAGUCCGAGUAGUUCAGGUCUGAAAGUUACUGAUAAAUUACCUGGGAAGAUCACGCCUCGUCCGAAAGCGUUCACAGAUAUUACGAUAAAGAAGCUGUUACACGGAAAAAAUACAGAACUUCAAUUGUCUCAAUGUCAAAAACCAAGAUACGCAAAAUGGGGUAAAUGUACACAAUGUAUUGCCAAAUUAGGUGGAGAUAGUUGUAGAUUCCGAGAUUAUAGGACUUUCCCGAUCGAUCCUGAAAGUACGGAGAUAACUGGUCAAGGCUGGUUCGAAUCUACGGAAUGGAAAGAGGAUCUCACACCUUUACCAAUGAAAUUUAAUAAGAAAUUUCAGGAAGAACAUAUAAUCAAAACGGAGAGGACGGUUGCUCCGAUGUUGUUACCGCUGAUUACGAGUGAAGUACGACAUGUCGUUAGCAAGAAGGCUAUUAAGAGAGGAAUGGAUGCAACGAAGCAUCGAUCGGUGUGCGAUUUCUGCUCAUCAACCAUAUUUGGCGGAUGGUUCUUCUGCAAACGAUGCGGACGAGACUAUUGUCUGAUAUGCGAACGGUAUUUCCCUGAUUCACUGGAAACUAUAGCACAAUCGCCUUGGCCAAUGCCUGAUGCAGCUCGACCAAGAUUAUUAAGAUGUAUCCAUCCUCCUGGCGUCAAUAAACCUAAAGGACCGGCAUUUCAUGCUCGAACUGAUUUACAACCUGUCUCAAGAUUCGGUGAUGAAGAAUUGAGGGAACAUUGGUUAAAACUCUCAGAAUAUGUUUUAGAUUCAGAUGAAAACGCGGAACAAAGAUUGAAAUAUAUGGGAUUGAAUUUAGGGGAAAACAAAGAUAGAGACCAAGAUAUACAUAAAAACGAGAAUGGAACUGGAAAUGGAAAUGGGGAAGAAGAUGAGGAGUUGAAUCAAAUAUUACAAAAUGAUACUUUUUCAAAUCUGUUGAAUCCACCACCUAUCGAUCCCUCAUUAACGGAAGAUGGGAUAAACCAGAACCAAGAAACAGAGUCUAAAUUCUCAUAUACGAAAACGACAAAACCUGUUGCGGAAGUAGAGACGAUACCUGAUCCAGCUGAAUUGAACGAACAAUCAAGAGAAUUCAUGUGUAUCAAUAACGAUCUACUGACAAAUGAAAUUUUCGAUUACAUGUGGUCAAAAGGUGAACCUAUCGUAGUUGAUAAUCUAUUGAAACGGUUGAAAUUAGGUUGGAAACCUGAUGAUUUUAUUGAGAAAUUUGGGGAAGAAGAAUGUUAUGUCGUCAACUGUCAAACGAAUGUACCUUGUCCAACAACUGUUGGAUCGUUCUUCGAGAAGUUCAAAGAUACUGAAAAUAGAAGUAAAGAUAUCCUCAAAUUGAAGGACUGGCCAGCAACCGAUGAUUUCAAAAAUACACAUCCUGAAUUAUACAAUGAUUUCUGUGAUGCUCUGCCUGUUCCUGAUUACACCAGACGUGAAGGUGUAUUGAAUCUCUACGCUCAUUUCCCACCUGGACCUACUAGACCUGAUAUAGGACCUAAAAUGUACAAUGCUUUUGAGGCAAAAGAAACCAAAGGGGGAUUCGGUUCAACGAGAUUACAUAUGGACGUAGCGGAUGCCGUCAAUUUACUACUCUACGCUUCGAAAAGACCGAACGAUCAACCCGGGUGUGCAGUAUGGGAUCUAUUCAGAGCUGAAGAUGCUGAUUCAAUAAGAGAUUUCCUGAGAGAUAAAUAUGGGAAAUCUCAUAUUUUCACGGAUCCAAUCCAUUCACAAUUAUUUUAUCUGAACUCAGAAUUGAGAAAAGAAUUACAUGAGAAAAAAGGUGUUAAAGGUUGGAGAGUAUAUCAAUACCCCGGCCAAGCAGUAUUCAUACCUGCAGGAUGUGCACAUCAGGUUUGUAAUUUAGCCGAUUGUAUAAAGAUCGCUUUAGAUUUCGUCAGUCCUCACAAUGUGAGGCGAUGUCAACAGCUCACUCAGGAUUUCCGUAAAGAGAAUUUCGCAAAAGCUUGGAAAGAUGACGUUCUACAGUUGUACAAUGUUUUGUGGUACGCUUGGCUAUCAUGCCUUGAAACCCGUCAACGACGAGUUCGUGAAUCAGAGGAACAAGCCAUAGCUCAAAAGGCUCGAGAAGCACAUUUGGCUUCCCUGAGACGAGGUCGACACGAUUCAUAUAGUUUCAUGAAUGACCAUCCUAGAAUCGGCAGUCCUCUGCCCACGUCAAACCAAUCUUGGGGAGGAGCAUGGAACGUUUCAAGCGUAAGGGAUGAACCUCAUUUCAGUAGUCGAUCACCAAGUAUGGACAGAGAUAGAUCAAGAGGUGGUUCUCCUACUCUAGCUCGAGCGAUUUCCGAAGAUCAACCUUCGAACAGACAGGACGACAAGAAUGGUGGAGACAAAGGGGAAGACACCAACGAAGGCGGUGACAAGGACAAGGACAAGGAAAAGGAAAAGGAGAACAAGGAUGGUGAAAAGGAAGAAGAUAACGAAACUAAGAAAGCCAAGAAAAGGCUUGCAGAAUUACUCUUAUCGAUAACAAUCAAACGUGAACCACCUUCAUCAUCUGAAACGUUCUUGGCAUCAAGUAUAUUAUGGGCUGGAAGAAAGGGUGUUUCAUUACCUUCCACAUCUUCUUCGAACUCAAAAUCCACUAGCAAAAUGGUGACAGUGUCGAAUGAUGAUACCAAACCAUCUAAUGUAUCAUCUAAACAAAUUGGUCUGUCUGCAAAAGCUAGAGAAGCAGCAAGGAAAGAGAAAGAACGAUUAGAAAGAAAAGCUAAGAACCCUCCUAGGGAAUUGAGAACAAGCACUUUAAUCAAAUUGGGCGCUAAGAAAUUAGAUGAUAUACUUCAAUUGGCAAGAACUGAUAUGGGAGUUGAUCAAACUGGUGGAUUAGGUGGAUUUAACGGGAUUGUUGCAGUAGGUAACAAUGGAGAUGUAGAAGAGAUUUGGCCAAAUCCAAAUCCUGCUCCAACUCCUACACCUGAAAUGAUCAGUCAAAUCAAUGAAAUUCAACAGUCACAUCAAGAUGAAAUCCUCAAUGGUGAUGGUAUGGAUGACGAUCUGAAUAGUCCAAUGACUGUUGAUCUUCAUUUGGAUCCAGAAUAUAACGUGGAAAUGCGUGAUUCGUUAAGGUCAUUACACGGUGUCUACGAGGAUCGAGAAGAAGAUGGGGACAGGGUGAAUGAUGAGAUCGACAUGAAUGUGACUGAGAGUGUGGAUAUGGAGCCGGCUAUCGAUAUGGAUUCAGAUAUGAAUAUGGGUAUGGGUAUGGGUAUGGGUAUGGGUAUGGGUAUGGGUAUGGGUAUGGGUAUGAACUUGAAUCUGAAUCUGGAGGAUGAAACGGAAGAAGACAGAAGAGAAAGAGAAGAAUUAGCUGCUACUUUAAGAUUGGUGGGUGAGAUUGAAAUGGAUGAUGAGGAGGAAGAUGGAGUAGGGAUGUUUGAAAUGUAG